AUGGCUCCCCAGACAAAGACGGCCAACGGCGCCGCAGCUGCCAACGGCGACAACCUCGACUACGAGCCCAUCAAUGUCAUUAUCCCAAUCGGCGGCAUCGGCUCCCGCUUCGCGAAGCAGGGCUACCGCUACCCGAAGCCCCUCAUCAACAUCGUCGGCCGCCCCAUGCUGCUGUGGUUGAUCGACAACCUGAGCCUCAAGCCCGGCGACACCCUGUGGAUGGCCAUUAACGAGGAGGUCGACGACGAGUUCAGGAUCGGCCAGCUCGUCAGCAAGACCUUCUCCAAGAUCGACUUCAGACUGCUGCGCUUGCGCCACCAGACCAAGGGCGCCAGCGAGACGCUGUACAUCGUCACCCAGAGCAUGACCAAGAAGCACCUCGAGCGCAAGACCGUCUCCCUCGACUGCGAUACCAUCUACUGGGCCGACGUCCUCCAGGACAUUCGCAACAUGCCCAAGGGCCACGGCGGCUGCUUCUACUUCCCCGACGUCGGCGACAAGCCCAUCUUCUCUUACAUCAAGACGGAGCCCACAAAGGACGGCUUGGAGCGCAUCGUCGACAUCCAGGAGAAGAAGGCCAUUUCCAACAAGGCCAACACCGGCGCAUACGUCUUCCCGAGCGCCGGCCAGCUCAAGUCGUGGGCCGCCGAGAACCUCGACAUGAAGAGGCCGGACGGCUCGGAGGUCGGCGAGUACUACACCUCGCAGAUGAUCGCGCUCAUGAUCCAGAACGGCGUCCCCUACCUCGGCAUGCCCGUGAGCACAAAAGACUUCAGCGUCGUGGGGACCCCCGAGCAGCUGCAGGACCUCCUGAAGCUCCUCAAGUCGGACACCUCGAACCUGCCGAUCAAGCUGAAGAAGCGCCGCUUCUGCUUCGACCUCGACAUGACCCUCGUCGGCGUGCCCGCCGUGGCCGGCGACUACUCGACCUGCCCUCCCAUCGAGAAGAACAUCCGCCUGGUCCAGCAGCUGUACAACGCGGGCCACUACAUCAUCAUUCAAACCGCUCGCCGUAUGCGCACACAUCACGGCAACAUCGGCUCCGUCCUCGCGGACGUCGGCCCCGUCACCUUCGCCCAGCUCGCCAAGUACGAAAUCCCCUACCACGAUAUCCACUUCGGCAAGCCGUACGCCGACGUCUACGUCGACGACCUGGCCGUCAACGCCAACCUCGACACCAUGCGGGAGAUCGGCUGGCUCCUGGACGAGCACGACCCGGCCGCGCUGAUCGGGGACGAGGCCGGCUCCGGCGAGGAGGCCAAGAAGGCCGGCAUGAUCGCCGCGCGCGACUUCAACACCAUCCAGAUCAUCGGCGACAAGGUCAUCAAGUCGAGCAAGUCCGAGAACAUCCUCGGCGAGCUCUUCUUCUACUCCCACAUGCCCUCCGAGGUCGCCCACAUCUUCCCGACCGUCUACAACGUCGACUACAUUGCCGACACCUCCAUCUACAACAUCACCAUGGAGAACCGCCGCGGCCUGACAUUCUCCCACCUCCUCGUCGGCCGCUCCAUCACAAAGGGCCGCCUCAUCUCCCUCCUCAAGUCCCUCCACACCCUCCACACCACCGCCAGCACCGACAAGCCCACCCUCAAGAUUCCCCCGGCCCUCGAGAAGAAGUUCGACGAGCACUCCCUCGCCCGCGCCAACCACCGCGUCAACAUCUACGCAAACUACGGCUCCAAGCUGCGCAGCCGCUACUACAAGGACCAGGACAAGUACGACGCCCUCGGGCCCCUCGCGGCCUCCCUCUUUGCCCGCAUCAACGAGUUCCUCGACACCUACGAGGCCGAGGAGAAGGGCGUCCACGCCCAGGUCAUCCACGGCGACCCCGUCUUCAGCAACGCCAUCCUCUCCAAGGACGAGAAGCUCGUCAGCUUCAUCGACGUCCGCUGCCAGCUCGAGAACACCCUCACCCCGGAGGGCGACAUCCACUACGACCUCGGCAAGGUCCUCCAGUCCCUCUGCGGCUACGACCACGUCCUCUUCAUGAGCGCCAACAACCACGACCUCCGCGGCGCCCUCGACACCGACGCGCCCCUCCUCGACGAGGCCGACUCCGACCUCCUCACCGAGCUGCAGGAGGUCUUUUUCACCUUCCUCGAGGAGACCUACUCCGUCCGCCUCCACCGCAAGACCCUCUUCCGCAUCACCGCCUCCCUCUUCUUCAGCCUCAUCCCCCUGCACCGCCCCGAGCUCGGCGCCGUGUUUCUGAGGAUGUGCAAGGAGACCCUCGAUAAGGCGAGCAACAUCAACUACGGCCCCAACGCGCGCUCCAUCGCGGGGCUGGCGCUGAGCCGCAAGGCGAGCUCCAACUUUGCCGACGAGAGCGGGCGCGAGAUGCCCGUCACGAACGCCAAAGGGGAGAAGCUCGACGUGCCCAACGUCGUCGUUACUGCGAAAUAA